UUCCCUGUGCUUGCAGCGGCCGGACCAGAGAAUUAUAAUAAUCUACUGCCUGGUGCGCUCUCAUUAUAUUUUAGUUACUAAAAGAUAGUAAUUACAAGUGUAUUCAUACCAAAUAUUUGAGUUUCUUCCAUGUUUUCUCAGCCUUAAUCUUGAGCAUCAUAAUUUUUGCAUCAAGGGCAUCACCUUCCCUAUGGCAAUGUGGUUUUUGAUUUACAAAUUCCGAACACGGCGUCUCUCCUUACAUGAAGAUAUAGAAUCAUUUCUACAAAGUGACAACAAACUCGCCCCGAUUAGGUACUCCUAUUCGGACGUCAAAAAAAUGACUAAAGGUUUUCAAGACAAACUAGGCGAAGGUGGCUACGGUUCUGUUUACAAAGGCAGGCUCCGAAGUGGCAAUGAUGUUGCAGUCAAACUCCUUGGGAAAUCGGGAGGAAAAGGCCAGGACUUCAUGAAUGAAAUCGCAACUAUUGGAAGGAUACACCAUGUCAAUGUUGUCAAACUAGUUGGAUAUUGUGCGCAUGGAUCCAAACUUGCUCUUGUCUUUGAUUUCAUGACUACUGGUUCUCUUGAAAAGUAUCUUUUCAAUCGAGAUAACAUGAAACCCUUGAAUUGGGACACGAAGUUUGAGAUCGCAGUUGGAGUUGCUCGUGGGAUUGAGUAUUUGCAUCGAGGCUGCGACAUUUAAAUUCUGCAUUUUGACAUCAAGCCUCAUAAUAUACUCCUUGAUGAUAAAUUUUUCCCAAAAAUAUCUGAUUUUGGGCUUGCAAAGUUUUUCUCUACUGGUAAAAAUGCAGUAAGCUUGACUACAGCUAGAGGAACCAUAGGGUAUGUUGCUCCUGAACUAAUCAACAGAAGUGUGGGGGCAGAGUCUUUCAAGGCAGAUGUAUAUAGUUUCGGAAUGUUAUUGAUUGACAUGGUGGGCUUGAAGAGAGACUUGAGAGGAAAGAAUGGUAGUACGAGCAAGUAUUUUCCAUACUGGGUAUAUGAUUGUUUUGAGCAAGGCAAGGAUAUUGGAAUUGAAAAAGCAAAGUCUGACGAUGAGAAUGAGAGUAGUAAGAGUAUUGUUAAGAAGAUGACCAUAGUUGCCUUGUGGUGCAUACUAAUGAGUCCAGAUGAUCGCCCAUCAAUGAAUAAGGUGUUGGAGAUGUUGGAAGGUCAUGUUGAGCGUUUGCAAAUUCCUUCUCAAUCGACUCAUAUUGGAGUAGGUUUUGAUCAAACUGAAAUUACAUGUUCCUCUGAUUCUGUUUCCCUGCUUCAUCAUGUUGAAGCUUCGAUCUGUGUUGAGACUCAUGUGUGAAACAAAUAUUGUGGGUUUA